AUGAACGCUCCAGACAGGUACGAGUCCUUCAUACUCGCUGAUGGCGAGAAGAAAGUCGAGGUCGAGCCAGAGACUCGUGUCCCAAAUGCUGCGAUGUUCACCUUCAACAAGGAGGACCACACCCUCGGCAACCUCCUCCGCGCAAAGCUCGUCAAGUCUGACCACGUCCUCUUCGCCGGUUACCAAGUUCCCCACCCGCUCUUCGCGACCUUCAAGCUGCGCGUGCAGACAGACGGCGUCAUCCAACCAAAGGAGGCGGUCGUCACUGCCUGCAAGGAGCUGGUGACGGAGCUUCAGCAAUUCGACCAAGAGUUCACCAAGGAGUUCGAGCUGAAGAAGAUCGCCGGCGCUGGAGCUGAUCUGUAA